GUUUCUUCAACCUCACAUUCACGCCAUGGCCUACCUACCUGGCACCUCUGGAAAAUACAUCUUCUGGCUGCGAUACUUCAUUGUUCGGAUCCUUUGAACAAAUAGACCCUGCUCUAGACCCGUGCCGACACCCUACCGCAGCCGCGGGGUAUCAACGUCAUAUAGACAUCUUUGAUUUGUCUAUAAUAACACAUAUAACUCUGCACAGAUCCUCUUCAAUUUUAUUUCGCAUUUUUUGAGUGUUCACCAUGACCGCCGCUUCGAAUCCUCUCGACAUGCCUGCGCGCUUCGCCAUAGAGCUAGAAAAGCUCGACCCCGAUGUCGCUUUUCGAGCGUCGCUCUCCCACGUCCAUCACACAUGGGCGCGUACCUUCCAUUCUCGCCCAGAGCUAUAUAUUCGCCCACAAACCCUCCAAGAGAUCCAGAAAGUAGUAACGCUUGCUCGACGUAUGCGUCGUCGUGUAGUCACGGUUGGCUGUGGUCACUCGCCCUCUGAUCUCACAUGCACCUCGGCAUGGAUGGUAAAUCUGGACGACUACAACAAGGUGUUGAAGGUGGACAGAGAAAGAAAGACAAUGACAGUUGAGGCUGGAAUAAGGAUGCACAAUCUAAAUUUAGCGGCGAAAGAGCAUGGACUCACGAUGCCAUCACUCGGUUCUAUCGACGAUCAGUCGAUCGCGGGUGCUAUAGCUACGGCUACUCAUGGGAGUUCAUUGUCCCAUGGCCUCAUCUCCGAGUCUAUUGUCAGCCUACGUAUAGUUCUCUCUAAUGGACAGUCUGUAAAAUGUUCACCGACCCAGUCGCCCGACCUCUUUCGCGCCGCCCUCGUCUCUCUUGGUGCGUUAGGCAUCAUUGUAGAGGUUGAAUACCAGUUGAGGGAGCAUUCUGAUAUUGAAUGGGUUCAGACAAUCCUGCCAAUUGAAGAUGUGCUUGCAAAGUGGGAGAAUGGGCUCUGGACAUCGGAUGAGUUUGUGCGUGUUUGGUGGCUACCAUAUAUGCGUCGUGCCAUUGUAUGGCGUGCUUCCGCUUCAACGAAACCACUCCGGAAACCUGAGUAUAACUGGUAUGGGGGGGCCAUGGGCUAUCACUCCUACCAUAUACUCCUCUGGAUUUCGCAAUAUGUUCCCCGUGUUUUGCCUUGGGUUGAGUGGUUCGUCUUCGGAAUGCAGUAUGGAUUCAAAGACGGCUAUACCAUGUCCGCCGUUGAGGAACAGCGCACCGGUUUGCUCAUGAAUUGCCUCUAUUCGCAGUUCGUGAAUGAGUGGAGCAUUCCAUUGUCUAAAGGCCCCGAGGCUCUCACUCGCUUGACCAACUGGUUACAUGGGGAUGAGCGAGGCUCCGCUAUCCCGUUCAGCCCUAAGGGGUUGUAUGUGCAUUCGCCAAUCGAAGUUAGGGUUGCUCGACCCAACGCGAGUGGCACGCGCCCCUAUCUAGACACCUCCUUUGCCGAUACACCUUCGCUAUACCUCAACGCAACCCUAUACCGCCCAUAUGGACAGAACCCUCCAUGCCGAGAGAGGUACUAUGAAGCUUUCGAACACCUAAUGAAAGAGAUGGGCGGGCGACCACACUGGGCUAAGAACUUCCAAUCGGUCGACCAUCGUUAUCUAUCAUCUGUUUACGAUACCGAUCUCGACGAUUUCCUUCGCGUCCGAAACGAAGUCGACCCUGACGGCAUGUUCUUAGGCGCUUGGCAUAGACGCACAAUCCUGCCUCCUCGAUCAGAGCUACCCAUAUUUCCAUUGGAGGAGAAGGAAGUCGUGCGCCGCGAUCGUAGCACAGGUGGCGCUGAUUGGAUCGGCCAACAAGCACGAUGGUGGGAUGGCGGAGAAGAUGUUUUUGAGAAGAAAGAUAUCACGGAGACUGGCAGCGAGGAAAGCUUUGAUUUGAUGGCAGGGGCUGAGGCGGAAGCAAGUAUUCUUCUUGAGAGCCUGAAGGAUGAGCUGGAUAGCCCGGAGUUUGAACGAAGAGUCAGAGAGGGCUCGUCCGGAGAUCAGGUAUUUGAAAAAAUGUAGAGUCAUUGAGGCACUAAAUACAUAACUAUCCGAACACCGUUGA